ACCUCACCGAUUGUGCAGUAGUACCACCAACGCAUGCGAAAUAUUUUUCUGUGACUAUUCAUAGUCAGCAUGGCGAAUUUGUUAUUAAUGUUAUUAUAAAUAUACCGUGUUCAGAUUAUAUUUACACAAAAGAAAUUUGAAGCUUUGAACCUAACCUAUUUUUACCUUACACUUUGUCUAAUCUAACUUAGAUCCUCUCCCUUGAAUUCAUUCCCAAUUUCAUUAGUCAUUUUUUCCUUUAUCCUUACACCAUGGUGAAAAAGAAAAGACAAUCUGACGCUUCCGAAAAUUGUGGUGAUUCUACAGAAUCAUGUGAUGACAGUCAAUGUAAAAAUUGUCCUCAUAUAUCUAAAGCUAUUGAUCUUACAAAAGUUAGAAAAUAUGUGCAACAAAAUGGAAUUUCUAGAAUUUGUAGUGAUUGCCAAAAAAUGCCUCCAGAUGCAGAAUCAUCGAAAGAAGAAUUUGUGUAUGACAUUACCUUGUGGCUUUGUCUUAAAUGUGGUUCGCAAGGCUGUGGUCGCACUCGUAAUGAACAUGCACUGAAACAUUUCAAAACUCCACGUUCUGAUUUGCAUUGUAUCAAUAUUAAUACAGAAACAUUGCAAAUUUGGUGCUACAAUUGUGACAAAGAUUUGAAUAUGACAAGUGCCAAGAAGCUGACUGAAAGUGUAGAAUAUAUCAAGAAGGUGUCUGCUAACUCUUCAAGUAUAGAAACAGUUAUCAAGAACACACUAAACAAUAUGGAGCCUUUACUUAAAGAUACACAAGCUCAAGUAAUUAGCACUGGAAGUAUACCAAAGUCCAAUGUUAGUUUGAAUAAGACACCAGCAAAGGUGAAAGGGUUAACCAAUCUCGGUAAUACGUGUUUCUUUAACGCUGUUUUGCAAUGCUUGGCACAGACUCCUUUCUUGUUGGAUGUUAUUGGUGAAAUGUCAGAACCUGGUGAAAAGUUUAUACUGCCUGGUGGCAAAAUAAUGAUUAAUGAUAAGGAAGAGGUUUUAGAGCCAAUAUCAGGAGAAUUGAAGGCUUGGGGUUCCAUAACCCAAGCAUUGCAUUCUACGUUGUACGAGUUGUCUAACGGGCUAGGUGGUGGCGUUGUAACUCCCAAUCGCCUUUUGGGUCAGUUAACCACCAAAUUUCCUCAGUUUGGUGGAGGUGAUCAGCAUGACUCCCAUGAGUUACUUCGACAUCUUCUUGAAGCUGUAAGGUCUGAAGAUAUUCGGCGAUAUCAGUCAGUGAUCUUGAAGCAUUUAAACCUUGGGAAAAUAGCUACUUUGGAAUCUGUUGAUCCAGAUUGUAAGAUGAAAACCAAGUUUUAUGGUAAUCAAGUUGCAGAAGGAAUUAUGCGCGCUGAACAAGUUUUUCGUGGAUCAUUAGUAUCUACUUUAACAUGCCAGGAUUGCAUGCAUACAUCGAUAAGGCAUGAAUCUUUCUUAGAUAUUUCUCUACCCAUAUCAUCUGACAAACCUCAACCGCCUAGAAGGAGAUUGAGUCCAGAUCCUGUUGAUAUGUAUGUUAUUGGUGGGAAACAAGAUAGACAAAAUGACACAUGCCCUCCUAUUAGCAAGCACCAAUUAAAAAAGGAACGCAGAAAUGCUCGAAAAGGACGGAAACAUCAUCCAAAGGGUGUAGCAUCUCCUAGUAAUGAUUCUAUGAUUGCUGAAGAAGGAGCUCCUGGUGCAGAUUCAUCAAGCGAACAAUCAGAUGCAGAUAUUGAAGAUAAUAUUGAUGAGCCUCAUAAAAAUAAAAUUGCUUCAUCUACUGCAAAUCAAAAUAAUAAUGAUGCUAAUGGAAAUUGUCGAGUGAAUACUUUAGAAUCUGGAUACAAUUCUGAAAAACAUGCAAAUUCAGAUUGUGUUAGAACUAGUCCAAUAAUGAAUGCUGACAAUUCAUUAACAAACAAUAUAAAUGGGAUUAUAUCUAAGAAAGAGUCAGAACCUGGGGAUUCUUCAAAGAAGAAUAGUGAUUUUGAUUCUGGAGUUGCAAGUCCAGAUAAUAAUAAAGACAUAGGUAAUGGGCAAAUGUUAAAGAAUGAAGUUGUUGCCCUGGGCUUAAGUAUGCGAGCAUCAGCAAAUUUUGUGGAUAGUAGACAGAAACAAAAUACUCCACACUGCUCUUCAGAAUCUGGUUCAGAAGAAGAGAGUCCUCUUUCUAAAGUAGUUAAUAAACUUGAGAAUAUUGCUCUUGAAGAUGAUGGUAAAGAUGAUGAUUCAGAAAUAGGUGCUUGUGGUUACAGCAAAUCACACAAACAAGCAACUAACAAAGUAGUAAAAGAUAAAGUUCCAUCUAAGGCCGAUGGUUGGAUUACAACUUUGGGCUCCAGAUAUAUUUGUGAUGAAUCCGAAUGUUCUAUUCAAUCUUGUUUAAAUCAAUUUACAGCUUUAGAAUUGAUGACGGGUAAUAACAAAGUCUGUUGUGAUGCUUGUACUGAACGUAUCAAUGGGGCAGGUGGUAAAAGUGUUAAUACAAAUGCUACAAAGCAAUUUUUAAUUUCGAGUCCCCCACCUGUUCUGAUUUUACACCUGAAGAGGUUUCAAGUAGGACCACGAUGUAUGUUUAGAAAAUUAACUAAGAGUGUUACAUUUCCUAUUAUUUUAGACAUUGCUCCAUUUUGUGGAGCAAAAGUAAAAGAUUUACCAAAUGUUUCAAGCUCACAAAAUAAAUUAUUGUAUUCCUUAUAUGGGGUUGUGGAACACAGUGGGGGCAUGAGAGGUGGGCACUAUGUGGCUUAUGUCAAAUCUAGAAAUCCUUUAACAAAAUCAGAUUCUCGUUGGGGAUUUUUACUUAACAGGCAUAAGCCAGAAUCAAAUGGGCUAAAUAAAGUCAAUGGUAAAUCUAGUGGAAAAAUGAAGAAAGAUGAUGAUAGUUCUUUAUCAGGAUAUGAAUCGGAAGAUGGACCUUCACAAUCGGAAAAAUGUGAAGAACCUGAGGGCAAAUGGUAUUACAUAUCUGAUAGUUAUGUAAAAGAAGUUACGGAGAAGGUCGUAUUAAAUACUCAGGCUUAUUUAUUGUUUUAUGAGCGAAUUUUAUAAGUGCACUAUGCGUGCAUAUUGUCAAUGUUUAAUAUUCAUGUGUUCAAUAUAUUUCAAAUGGAAUAUUCAUUGACGUAAAAAUUACAAUUUUGUAUAUGUAUAUUUCCUACCAGUUUGACUUAAUAUUUAA